GCGCUGGAUGGCAAGGAGAAGGCGCUCGGACAGGACCACACAUUGAUUCUCGAUAGGGUCACCAACUUGGGUCUUCUCUACCAAAGUCAAGGCCAGCUGACGGAGGCCGAGUCGAAGUAUCGGCGGGCGUUGUCUGGGUUCCAGGCUGCCUUAGGGCCGUCUCAUUGGAAGACUCAAAUUGUCAUACGGAAUCUGGAUUUGUUGACGCAUGCCUAA